UACAGGCCGCCCUAACGCUAAUGUGACGUCACGUGUGUUGCCCGUGUUCGUUCCAGCUGAGCCGAGUGCUCUCGGCGGCUUGAGCGCAAGCCGUGCCUCAACACUCAGAGAAAACUCAGGAGAGAGAGGAAGAGGGGGCUACAACAGAAAAAAACGACAGAGGGACUGUAUGGGAAAAAAGAGAAAGCAAAUAUCAGUCAGCCAAUUGCACUGCGUCCUUGCAACCGCCUCGGUCCUACUCUUUGUUGUCAUUUGUCAUUUUUGCUGGACAUAGUUUUCUUUCCUUUGCUUCUUCAUGCUCUUUGGUUUGAGGGUAUAUUUUGAAUUAUUUUACUCCUUAACUGGUGCAGUGUUAAUAUAAUUCUGUACCCGGCUUUGGUGUUGUCAUUCGAGUUGGGAAUGGACCGUCUUUCCCAGUUUUUUUAAUUUUCUGUUUGGAGCGAAGGAAUAUCCAAACGCGGUCGGAUAACUGUUGGGAUAUACAUCGCAUGGAACUAUCUGAAGCGUUGAUCUGUCAUAUGAAAUCUUCAUUCAUCAUAAAGUUCUGAACACGUCACUCAUCUCGACUCGGCACCCUCCAGCGAUCCCGGGAGAUCAAGACUCCGGCUAGACGGUGAUGUCCAGGCCGAUCUCGCAGAUUCUUCCUCCGGACCUUCACCACGCCGGAGCCAGUCCUCAGUUUGGAAGUUGUAAUCAGUCUUCAUACCCUGUCAACGGCGGCCACUUGAACCCUGCUGCUAACCUGAAAUCCCUCCUGCAGCUGCCAAUGAAGGGUGACCAACGAAGCAAAGACAUUGAAAUGAAAGACAAGGAGCGUCCUCUGGACGUGGACGAGGACUCCAUGGGCCGCUGUUCCAUGCGCAGCAGCAGCAGUGGCGGGAGCAGCAACAACAGCGGCAGCGAAGGCAACAGUAGCAACGGCAGCUUCUCCAACUCGACCUUCUUGGGCCCGCUGAUGUGGGAACGGACGCUGCCAGUGGACGGCGGGCUCUUCCAGCUGCAGUACAUGGACCUGGAGGAGUUCCUGACGGAGAACGGGAUGGGCAGCAUGCACUCCACGUCCAGCUGCUCCAGCGCGGCGCAGGUGCCCUCGCACAGCUCGCAGUCGGCCAUCCCCAACCAGAGCUCGCAGUGCCCCACCACCUCCCCGCUGCCCUGCUCUUCCUCCUCUUCGUCCUCCUCAUCGUCCUCCUCGGCCUCCUCGUCGCCCACGCUGCUGGGGCUCGACAUGCAGGCGCCGCCGAACUUACUGGGAGCCCCGGACUGUUUGCACGGUACUCACACAACAUCUCUGGACCACAACCAGUCCCCUUCUCCUUCCUCCUGUGGUCCCAUGCCUACUCCACCAGCGACCAACGGCACCGACCUCAUGGGGAGCUUUGACACCGAGCCCGGUGACCUGGAGCUGUCCACCGUCCCCGGCCAGGACGCCUUCGACCCCAGGGGGCACCGCUUCAGCGACGAGGAGCUUAAGCCUCAGCCCAUGAUAAAGAAGGCCCGUAAGAUGAUGGUGCCAGAGGACCUGAAGGUUAGCACAGCAGCACAGAAGGAUGAUAAGUAUUGGUCCCGCCGUCAUAAGAACAACGAGGCGGCCAAACGCUCCCGUGAUGCACGGCGGUUGAAGGAGAACCAGAUCUCGGUGCGCGCCUCUUUCUUGGAGCGCGAGAACGCCGCGUUGCGGCAGGAGGUGGCCGACAUGCGCAAAGAGCUGGGCCGCUGCCGCAACCUCCUCAACAAGUACGAGAGCCGCCACGGGGAUCAGUGAGGACUUGGAGGAGGAGGAGGAAGAAGAAGAGCAGCGAUGAAGCUGUUAAACGAAUGAAUGUUCCAGACGAUGAGAGACAGAAAAGAAACUGGUUGAACUUUUAAAUGGACUGAAGGAGAAGGAGACCUGAUGGAAUUGAGAGAAAAUGCAGAAGAGGUUCAGGACGGGAGAGAGGAGAGGGGAAAGAAACUAGUUUUAUACUGGGAGAGAGAAGAGAUCUAAAGAGAGAGAUAUAUAGAGAAAUUAAACAGCAGGUGUAUCUGUUUUUUUCUGCAGUGUGAUUUUAGACAGUUGAGAAAUGAAUUUUGGUAUUGGAGAGAUCUGUAUAUUUUUAUAUGAUAGAUAUAAACGAUAGGGGAUGAAGCUAAUUUUGGAAAUAAUUUUUGUAUAUUUGUAUAUUUUUGUAUAUUUUUAUAUUUGUUAGAUGGAGAAAGAUAUGGAUUUUUAAAGAUCUGUGUAUAAUAGAAUAAUGGUAUAUUAGCAACGGUCAGCACUUAAGAGGGAACACACACAGUCGUGUGACCUCACAAGAGAGGCGGAGUCUGCAGUGGAACAGGAAGAACAUCAUCGCGUCAGAUGGGACAAGAUUGUAAAAUAUUACAAAUACACAUUACUUUAAAAUUGUAUAGUUCCAUUCAUUUACUCUCAGAAUCCAUAAGGUCUUUGUUAUAUAUCUUUGAAUGAGGUUUUCAUUUGGCUUAGUAAUAAGAAGGAUAAGGUAAAGACAACUACAGAGAGAGAGAGAGAGGAGAAGAAACAGACAUAGCUGAACUGAUAUACCACAGGUGUUUUCUUCCUGUGGUUAAGAUCUCUCACUUGUCUAUGGAAGACUGUUGUCUUCUCUGGGUAAUUUAGUGGCUCCCAGCAGAACAGAGGAUUUUUUUUACAUGAAGAAGAUGAAUGGGCAUAUUGAUGUUAUUUAAGUCUCCUGUCUUUUCAGUUUCUCAUUCUGUCUCCUUUAGCCUCUCUCUCUUGCUCUGCCUGGACCGUAAUUCCAAUGCAAGGUUUCUGGAGUUGUCCAGUCUCUAUAGUCAGUACUGUAUCCUCUUCUAUUUUGUGUUGAUGGGAUUGAGAGGAGCCCAAGUCCAUCCUUAACUAGAUCACAUACACACUCACACAAACCCGCUAGAUAUCCUCAUGACCCUUGAGCAACAUUCACCAGAAUUGUACAUUCAUUAGUUUUGUUUGAAUUAGUUUGAAAGGAAUGAUGGCUAUACUUAAUACAUUGCUCUCUCUAUACCAAAAUUAGUUGUCUCUGUGUGUUUCUAAUAUGCAGCUAUAUUUUGUGAAUUGGGACUUUGUUAUCACAACUGUGAGUCUUUGAUUACGCCUAUUUUAUUUAAAAAUGAAAUCCAGAGUCUAUUCUUCAGGGCAGCAUCUUUACUAUACACAAAAAUGAACUUCAGGUGGACAUGUUAUGAUAAUGAAGCAAACUAUCAUCCACUUUGCUUGCAAAUAUGGUGUAAAAAAGAAUUCUCAAUGUGAUGGGUGGAAUCUUCCAUUUCAGUCUGUAUGUGUUCAUCUCCUCAAUGACCAGUUUUAAAAGUAAUUACUGUUACUAUUAAUUAUUAUUGUUAAGAUUAUAAUCUGUUAUUGUUAUCACUUAAAAAUGAUUGUUUUGCUCACUAUCUCUUUCUUUGAAGCUUUUUCCUAAAAAAAAAGAGAGAUUGCAGUUCCCCUACUGUCUCAGAGUUGUUAUGUCAUAUCCUGUUUGUAACAGCGGCCCUUCACAUACUUAUGCCAGUUCUGUAAAGAUCCUCCGACAGUCUUCAGAUACCCUUGUGGAUUUGUCACCUCCGUGAAAUGUGUUUGAGAAUCACAGACUCUCACCUGGCACACAGCCGGGGCUCAGCCUGGACUUCACCCUCUCCCCUGGGUGUGUGGACAUGACUAGAUGUUUGCCUGGACAUUGAGAACAACCUCUCAUUUGAUUGAUAGUUUGCAUCUAUUCAAGCACACCACAGACUUUUCUUUUUCAUUUUGUUGUUUGCAACCUAUGUUCCAAUCAGUGGCGGUAUGCUAUCCCAACUGGAUUGUGGGUAAUGUUGUCCCUGUUUUCCCCCUCCGAAUGUGGAUGAUUAUGUACAUCUCUUAUUGUGUCUCUUAUCUGAACUGCAACUACUGAACUGCAUCAGUGGCGACCACUGUUCCUAGCCAAGGAGUGUUGUAGUCAGAAAUUCAGAGAACACAAAAUAAAAGAAAUGUUCUUACUCAA